AUGCCGGUUGCAUUGAUGCAAUAUUUUCUACAAAAAUUACGCAAUCAUUUUUAUGCACUUAUUUAUGAUCAGUGGCAUAUAUCAGCAAGAAUCUUACAUUAUUUGCAUGAGAAAUCAGGAGCAGAUGAACGCUAUUUAGCAAUAUUCAUCAUUUCCGGUAUUUCAAUCUAUCUGAUUAUCGGUGAUAAUGCACGAUUUGUUGCUAAUACAAUUCUUACUGCAGUACCAAUCUUGCUCACUUAUGUUUAUCCGGAUGAGAGACCACCAUUCAAUAAUCUUUUAUAUUACUGGUCUACAUAUGUUAUUGUAACAUUGUUUUUCGAUCCAGAACUAGAAAAUAAGGGGAGUUACUAUUGGAUGAAAAUGUUUCUUCUAAUACUCUUAAUAGCAUUUCCUGGAGAAACUGAUAAGACGGUAUCAAAAGAACAUAUUCUGUCUGUGAAAUCGAAUCAAAUUUUGUCUGAAAAACACGAAAUUUCUACGCUUGCUCUUCAAAUGAAACCGGAAUUGGUUCCCGGAACAGAAUCUUCAAUUACUUCGACAAGUGAUUCUUUAAUUGUUCCUGAUAAUAAGCUCAAUGUUUUCGUAGAGAAAUCCCAAACUGCUUUACCAGUGAAUUCCGAGUCAACAACAGAAAGGAAAUAUCAAUUCAUUCAACCAUCGGAAAAAUCGCAAAUGUUUCCAGAAGAGAAAUUUUUAGAAAGUUUUAUUAUAAAACCUGAAAUUAUUUCUACACAAGAACUUCCAAGUGCUUCUCAAAUAUUGCCUCCAGAUAAAUUAAAGAUUAAAGAGAUACCUCAAUUUACACCAAUGAAGACUUCUCAGCCUGCUCCUGAGGAAUUGGAUAAGACAAUUUUUAUGAAGGAAUCAAAAGUGCUUUCCGAAAGGAAGCUUCAGCCUACAUGUUCUACAAAAUUUGAUAUCACGUAUACGAAGAUUCCACGGGCUCUCCAUAAAAAUGAUUCGCAAGUUAUCUUAAGAAAUGAAUCUCAAAUCCGAAAAAUUCAGCUUCCUUCUUCAAGAAAAUCUGAAACUACAUAUUUCAAGAUUGUCCAGACUACUAAUAAAAAAGGAACAGAGGAAUUGUCGGAUGCCUUACCAAAUGAAUCAAUGGCACUUCCCGUUAAGAAAAAUCAAAUUCAUUUGGAAGAAUCUGAGAGCACUACAAAGAAGGAAUCGAAGAUUAGCUCUGGUUCGAAUAAAGAAAUUCAGGAACCUGAUAUCGUCACUGCGACAGAAAUUCAAGUUAAUCAUGCAAAGGAAAUAACUAAUAUACCUGAGAAGCAACCGUUGACCAUUUCCGAUACAACCAUUGAUUCCAAAAAAAAUGACGAAACUAAGACAAAGAUUUUUCACGAUAUUUCUGAAGAGAAAAAAUCAUUCGAUGCUAUCACGUGGGUUGCUACUGGAAAAACUGUUGUUCGAACACAAAAUGUGCAAACUGAAGAGGUUGGUCUAUUACAAAUUUCCAAUUGA